GUGCAAUCAAUGAAGACUGGCUACCAGGCUGGUCCAAUUUAGCUAUGAAACCUCCCACACUAAAAUGACAGGUGUUUCAGUUUCAUUGUCCAACCCCUGUAUCUUCAUGGCACCAGAACACCAUUCCACCAUUCCGCUUCGUGUUUUCCUGAACGGUCAAUGUUGCCUUCAGCUCUGCAUAUGGGCACAAGAUGAAAAUGUUCGCUCCAUUCUUGUUCCGUGUGGCAAUGGGAGUGCGUGGGCAGCAGCUGAGAGAAGGCUUGUUCCUUUAAGGGUGGUGUCAGGGGCUGGCAGAGGAGGAGGUGGAGGAGGAGGAGGAGGAGAGUGGCAGUCUCCGCUCACUUCUCCACAGUGAGGGGACUCCGAGAAUAAACAAUUCCCACAGACUGCACGCUCCACACCGCAGCUCGCGCACAGUCGCAGUUUGAAUUGGUGUCUCUUUUUUGUCACGAGCAAAAUUUUACCUUCAGUUCAUUUUAUUUUUGUCAAGCCCUCUUCGCCAUUUCUGCCUGCUGCCAAAAGUGUCGCGGCCGCUUUCAUUGGAUUUGCCUCCUCCUGUCGAAUAAUAACGAUGCGCCUCUCUGGCUGACUGUGGGGUGGACGAGCAGGUCACCCUGCAACACACUGUGAGAUCUGCAAAGCAUAAAGGCGCCACUGACAGAGCAACAGCCAAGCUGAAGGACAGACACCCUGGAUAUCAACAACAAAGGAUUAUGCCAACAUCUCUGUCGUAAUUCCCCUGACUUCUCCACUGCUACCCAUGUGAGCGUGAAGGUGGGCCUCCUGGGAUCCUGUAGCAUUUAAAGGCAUACAACAAUGCCUUGGAGACUUGCCUUACCCUGCAUCUCUCCAGCCAUGGUUGCUGUUUCACCAUACUAAGCCAGCCACAGAAAGGGAUCAGAUACAGCCAGUGUAUCCAUCCUUCUAUCCAUCCUAUUUUCAUCCUCUGUACUCACUCUUUGCAACAGCACAACAUCUUUUUAGUAUUUAACAAGUACAUGCCACUGUCAAUCAGAUGACUUGGACAGCUAUCAUUUAACAGUAGCAUUGCUGAGCUAUAAGAAGGGAUCUGAGUAUUGAACAUGACUCAUGGGGAGGAGCCUGGCCCUGAGACACACAAGGAUUCAGCUGUACUAACUUAUCUGGAAGGUUUACUGAUGCAUCCAGUAGUGGCCGGGCCUGGGGCCACGGCAGGUGGGAGAUCCGAGGCUUCCAACAGCAAUCAGGAGCAGGGCAACAAAGCUGUUGGGCCCUUACCACUACCAACCCAUGAACCAGCAGUACCCAGGGCUGGAACCAAUGGGCCCAAGCUAGGUUCUUCACAACACCUAAAGAAGGCUCGGUUGCUGCGCUCUGGGGCAUGGAAUGAUCCAGGGAACCAAAGAAUGUGUUCACCUCCAGUAGAGCUCAAUGGCCAAGCAGGAACCCUGCAAAAUUGUGCCCUGGAGGGAUCUCCCCAUGCUGGAGAGAGCACCCUGUUGGCUUCGUUGCUUCAGUCAUUCAGCUCAAGGCUUCAGAGUGUAGCAAUGUCUCAGCACUCUAGUAAGCCCUCUGGAGAGUGUUCUUCUCCGUCCAAGGCACCAGCUACAGAUAAAGAGCAACUACCUGUUUAUGGCACAGCCUCAAGUCGCCUUAAAGGCCUAAUGAGAAAGAGCAAACUUCAGAACCACAACAACACCCCUUACAGCCGCCGGGGCCACAAUCAGGACAAGCCACCAGAGUCCCCUAGGUCAGUACACAGUGCCACGCCUCCUGCAGCUCCCACAGUGGCCGAAUCCGUGUCCUGUGCAGAACGUUUGAAGGCCGUAGCCAACAUGGUUAAAAUCCGUUCCAGUCCUGCACCCUCACCCAAGCCAAGCAUAGCUUGCAGUCAACUCGCCCUCCUUCUGUCCAGUGAAGCCCAUCUCCAACAGUACUCCAGAGAGCAUGCACUCAAAGCCCAGCUGUCAGGAAGAUCCGCCAGUGAAAGACUGGCUGCCAUGGCAAACCAUCAGCAUGGUCAGGACAAUAGGCCAUCAAGUGUGGGGGGGUCUUCAGACACAGUAAGCUCAUUAUCAACCCAAAAUGGAAUGACAACAACCACAAUAACCACAACACUCCCUCGAAUGGCUGUGACCAGUCCUCAAAGCCCCUCGCUGCAGAGAAGCCAAAACUCUCCACCCACUCCUCCACAUGCUCCAAGCCUGCCUGCUAGGGAGAAGCGAGGCUUUGACACACGUCCAACCCGCCCACCCCAAACGUGCAGCAGCUUGCUUCUGCUACUGCUAAACAACCACAACAACCAGAAGCAACUGACCAAGAAUGGGCACCUGGAGGACAUCAGUGGCAUUCCACCACCAAGUGGCUCCUCUUCAGUCACAUCAGACAGUGAGUGCUCUGUCCAUGAGCGGGGCACUACCAAGGACAGCAGUGAUGCUGAGAGUUCCUACUCCGGUUGUUCUCCCAUUGAUCUCUCCAUGAGAGGCCGCAGCAGUUUACAGGACAGAGGGCCCAAAAAUACACCCCCUUUCUCCUCCUCCUCAAACUCCAUGUUCUCUUCUUCUACCACUGUGUUCUCCUCACCCUCUGUAACAAUCUCUCCUCAGGCUUCUACCCAGCCUCCCACUACAUCUUUUUCUCCUUCCUCUAUGGCUGUGUCUUCUGUAUCAUGUGCUAUGUCUUCAUCCUCAUCUUCCUUUUCUACUUCUUCCCUAGACAAACUGACCGAAUCCUUAAUAAAUAAGUGGAAGCCAGAGCCAUCAAGAUCAACUGUAUCCAAGAACAAGGAGCCUGAAAUAAACCCAGACCCAAAAUCCCACCCUAAGGUCACACUCAUGCAGCUUCUUCUUGAGCGCAGAAAUAAUGAGAUGGCUAAUAAGAGCACAGGUAGACAGGAUUUGCCCCUUGAUAUAACUAUGGCCAACAUGUCACGAAAACAGCCAAAGGGGUCAAUUCUUUGGGAGGAAAGCCCAACAAAAAGCCCCAUUGAAAGGCCUGCAGGCCCAUCCCAGUCCCUAUACUCACUUAGUCGUGACCCAAGUGCCGCACUGUCCCCAUAUUCAUACCCCUCUCCACAUGUCCAGUCCAGCCCACUUGAUUUGUGUAAGUCUAAAACCUUCCCUGCUGAGAAGGCUUCAGAGCCUGCCUUCAGUGCCAGUAAACUGUUACAGAAUCUGGCUCAGUGUGGCACGACUUCCACCCCCCCACCUAUCCCCUCUGGAAAAGGGUUGAACCAGGAGCUCAAUGACAGCAGGCCCCAUGCACUGCUGGAAAGGCUCAAUACUCCUGUCAACAGGACCACCCCUACACCGCUCUCUGAUGGAGCUUCAGGCAGCAGCACACCUUUUAGUCGUAAGGAACCUUCCCCACCUUCUUCACAAAUUGAGAACCUUCUGGAGAGACGCACUGUGCUACAGCUCCUUCUAGGCACUGGUUCAGCUGGUGCUACAGCCAGUCGCAAAGACAGACCCAGUGGGAGUGGCAGAGGGAGUGCUGAGAUGGAGGGGGGUUGCUUUGAGAGGAGCCCAACUGCCUCCAUCCUCUGUGACAGCUCCAAUGGGACUCCUUUGGAUGUAAAAGUAAAAUCAGAGCUUACAGAGGAGGUGGGGUCAUCACUUAUUAAGUCUGAGGACUUGAGCAGCAAAAAGAGACUGAGUGCUUACGAGAAGAAUAGCCCACUCUCCGACUCUCAGCAAGAGUUGAAGACAGAACCAAGGCCUGCAGAGGUCAUAGCAAAAUAUGGCCUCCUCAGCCAGCUGCUUAAACAACAGACUGCUACCUAUUAUACCAGUGCUGCUUUGCAGGCAGAGUCACAAUCCAGACAAGUCAAAGAGGAGCAGAGGGACUAUCCAAACCCCAGUCCUAAAAGGAGACGCAUUGGCUCUGAACAAAUAGAUAGCUUGAACAAUAUCAGCUCUCCAGGAGCAAUGGACAGUGGUAACACUUCUGCUUCUUCUACUUUUCAUGUAGAACCUGAGCAGCAGAGGUGUCUGAAAGAGGAGGAGCUUCCACCAAGCGAAACCCCAACCAGAGAGAGUCGUGGCUUCAACGUUUUAAAACAGCUGCUCCUCUCUGACAACUGUCUAAAAGAGCUGUCCCAGCAGCCACGUGGGGGGGGCAGUCCCUCUAUCCUGCAGGCCAGUGGCAAAGCCAAUGGUAACAUUCUUAGUCAGUCUACCCAAAAUCAUAGCUUCCUCCACCUGCCCAGCUGGCACCCUCAUAGUUCCCACAACUCAGGGCUUCCAAAUCAUCUAAGACCACUGCCCACCCCUCCUGAAGGCCACAACCCCAUCCGCCCUGCCCCAUGGGUACGCCAGCCGGUUCCAUGGCCCAUCGCUCAAAAACGAGAGCCGCCUACUUUAAUCAAACAGGAGCCUGAAAGCCCCAUGCGGUGGAGCAGUCAGGAAAAUGAUGGUGUGGACGAGGGUUGCGAGUCAAACCCAGACUCCCCGCGGCUUUCACGUUCCAACCCGAUCCUGUACUACAUGUUGCAGAAGGGCAACAUCCAGCUGAACAAAGAGGCACCCGACCAGGCAGAAGGUGCCCGGCCUGUGUUCAGAGUCAAAGAGGAACCAGUCAAUGACAUGCACGCCUAUGAACGCAGCCGGAGCUCCACCCCUCAAUCACCAACCCACAAUGACAAGCACAGCCAUGAUGGCCAGGGCUUGAGCCAGUCGUCCCAGUAAACAGUUGUAUCAACUAGAAAAACAUACAAAGUGGAAUCAAAUCCAUUGAUUCCUUCUUGUUUUCAUUUUUGUGUACCUUGCCAAGUUGGUUUGAUGAGAAAAUGACUUAUCCCCUUUUUUUUUUUAUUUUAAUGAAAAAGUGUACCGCUGUCUCAAUUUUUAAAUAGCUCCAUCAUGGAAUGGUAGAAAAGUGAUCCAACCAAAACUACACAGUUUAGUCCCUACACAUUAUCCAUUAUUUUGCACUACAUUCAUUUAUGUAAUUUCAAGUCCUCCUUUUUUAUUUUCAUGUUGUACACAUUUAUUUCUAUCGCUGAAGUGUACAUAUAUCAGUUUUAGCUGUGUUCUGGUUGUUGCCUCUCAUCAAACAUUUAGAGAGAACAUUUCAGGCGACAUUUAUUAUUGACGAUUCAAAAAAAUGUUAGUGCUCAGCUCAGUGGACAUUUUUUAUUUUCCCUAUCAGAACAUUUUUCAGAAAUACAAAGCCCUAUUAAUUUUAGAUGGGAUUUCAGAAAAAGCCAUUUUCAGAUAGUUGCAGCGGCCUAAUUUAAACAGUGCACCUGAUAGACUGGUUCUAAGAAGGACCUUAAACCCAGAAUUCACACCGCGGUACCCUCAGUUCCAGAUUCUGCCACUAUGAAUGCUUUGUGUUGCUUUUCCUCAGGAUUCAGGGCUGUGGGGAAGGAAUUCAUCAGUGGAGAUUUGCUUACUGUGUUCUGCUUCUUCUUUUAUUCUUUUUUUUUUUUGUGCUGAACCUUUAAGGGCGAGAUUCGACAGUGCAAAUUCAGGGCAACGUGUUUGCAGAUUGUGCAGUUUUGAGCAGAUGGGUCAACAUGAGAGCGUGUGGCACUUACAGUUGAGCAACGCUGGGUAAACGGGUUUGUGGAGCAACAGUAAAAAAGACUGAGUGACUUAUCUUGCCAUCCUGGUUUAAGAAAAAGAGAGAGAGAGAACCACACACAAAGAACUUUGAGUGUGAUGCACAUGGCGCUUUUCUUUUCAUGUAAUAUAAAAGACUACCUGGAGUGUGCACUAUCGAAACUGAGCCCUUGGUGUCCUUUUUUACAGAAUAAUUUAAUGGCAUGUAAUGAAAAAAAAAGUGUCAGUAUUGUUAUCUUUUCAGAAUUUGGUAGUUUGUGCUUUUUCUUUUUCAUAAUUGAACUGUUGUGCUCUACAUCUAUGUUUUAUUUCCGUGGUAAUCUCUUGCUCAUAACACAUUAAAAGAAUUGCAUGUUGAUGAAGAGAAGACCACAGGUACUUUGUUUUCAGAGCAGCUGGAUACAUGCACCCACCUGCCCACUAAUCACCGAGACUCUUUUUGUCUUAAAGGGUAUCUGGUAUCUAGCGCUUUAUUUUUAAUCGUACUGUAAUCUUUCACUCUGCUUUGUUCAUUUAGUCUUGUGGUCUUUUUAAUACAUAUACUUAUGACAUAUGUCUCUUCGAUUAUUACUACGUUUUCACGAUGGUUCAAUAAAUUGUGUAAAUAGUACUUUCAGUAUGAAAGAUGACUAUUUUGUAAUGUUUGAAAAAAAAAAAGAUAUUGCCCUAGUUUUUAAUGCCCUGAAAUGUAAAUACUGAUUAUAUGCGUACAAAUGUACAUACAAAGGCAGAGGAUACUAUGCCCAUCUUUUUUUCCGGUUGUUUGUUCUUUGCAUGUGUCUCUAUGUGGUAAAUGAUAAUCUAUCCUGCGCUGUGUUGUGUAAUAAUGUCUGACUCUCCUCACUGCUGCCUGUUGCAUGCAGACGCAUGGGAACUACCUGUGUAUCCCUACUGGUGAUGGGGGAAAAUGUCAAGUCUUAAAAUAGGUCUUCUUUUUGUUUUGUUUUUUUCUAAAUCACAGAGCAAAAGGUCGGCUUAGAAUUAUGAGCAGCCCCUUAAUAACAGCAGACUGUUGAACAAGCUGAUGGAAAAAAUAGUGUGAAAAAUAAAUGUGGAUUGAAUAUU